CAUGGAGCCGACUUUGUUUUCUCCUCCCGGCGCACAGAAAAGUUUAAAGCUGUGUUUGAAGGGGGACCAAAUCCCUGGGUGGGAAAGUAGGUACAAACGGGACACUCGCUGACUUGGAUAUGUGGACAGCAAAGAGCAACAAGUAUUAAAAAAAAAAAAAGGAAAGGAAACGGGUGAGGACCGCGUGCCAAUCAGGAAGAGCCGGUGCGUGCCGCAGUGAGUCCACAAUGAGCAGCAGUGUUGCACAGGGACGCCUGCAGAUCCUGCAGAUCUACCGCCUGAUUCAGUGGGUCCACAAAGUUGAUAAGGUGCAGAUAGAGAAGAUGGUGCAGCUCGGGGUACAAAACCUUAUCAAUCUCACUGAGCCGCAGGAUGGAAUAGGGGUGCUCCACGUGGCAGUUUCAGCCAACAAUCCUGAUCUUGUCAACUUCCUCGUCUCCCUCGGAGCAGAUCCUAAUAUUCAGGAUAAAAAGGGCCACACCCCAAUUAUGUUAGCUGCUGAGCUGGGCAACGAUCCCAUUGUGUCUCUUUUGGCUCACAACCGAGCCGACCUGAGGCUCCUGGAUGCAGAGGGCAAAGGUGUGCUGUUCUACUGCGUUUACCCCACCAAACGCCACAGCCGCUGCCUACAGGUGCUGCUCAAGUGCGGGGCUGAUGCCAACAACGUGUCAGCGCAGGGGACUCACAUCUUUCACCUGAUGUGUGAAAAGGCCCAGGAGUGCACCCCAUUGUGUCUCCUUAUGCUGGAUGCUGGGGCAGACCCCAAUGCAGCACAUCAGAAAACUGGUGUCACAGUGUUAAUGGAGGCAGCCAAAGCAGGUUCCCUGCCGCUCGUUAGAGCUAUAAUCAGGAUGGGGGGGGACCCCAACGCCCUUGACACAAAGCGCCACGCAGCAGUGCACUAUGCUGCCAUGGGGGGCUUUUUUGAGGUCAUUCAGGUGCUGUCUGCACACUCAGCAGACAUGAGUGUGAUGAAUCUGGAUAACUGCACACCCUUACACUAUGCUGCUGCUUCAGGCAACGCAAACUGCUGCAAGUUCCUAGUGCAGAGAGGUUGUAACCCUAAACUGAAGAACCAGGAGGGUGUGCUGCCACGUCAGAUUGCCAAAGGUUCUGGUUACAAAGCAGCAGCCAAGGAGCUCAGGAAGGCAGAGAGGAAACAGGGAAAAGGCAGCAGCUCCAGCAGUACUGGCCAAAUGUCACAUCUCUGGGCACUGACCCUCCACGACUGGUCUCAAGAGUAUGAAGCUGAAUUAUGGCAAGCCUUUGGUACCAAAUCAGACACAGUUACCGCUGAGAUGUUCAUUUCUGUAUUAGAGAAGCUUCAAGCUCCAGUUGAACCAGACCAGAUCCAAGCAGUCAUCUCAUCCCAUGGGGGAGAUGGGCGUGUCAACAUCAGUGACUUCAUCAGAGGUGUCAAAUAUAUAGCAAAACCAUUCCGCCUCUCCUCUUAUAUGCCUAAAAAGAAAAGGGCAGGAAGGGAAAGAAAAGGAAGCAAGAAGAAGAAGAAAGAUAAAUUUGUUCUCCCCAUACCCAUUUGCACCCUCCCACCAGAGCUCAAGCCCCGGCGAGCAGACGGAGGCCCACCCAACUUCAUGAUUGGGUCGUAUUUUAACUGCUCAGACAUCCGUCGUUUUGACUCAAAUCACCCGCCAGUGCAUCCCGUAAUGAACGACUCGGGGUGGUACAUACAGAAGCCACCAACGGCGUACAUCAAUGUUAACUACUGUGUGAGAACCAAUGACCUGGAGUCUCUGGACUACGCCUUCAGUGAGGGGGUUCCUGUAGACGUUCAAGAUGAGUUUUACAAGACACCGCUGAUGGUGGCCUGCUCCAGUGGCAACUGUGACAUGGCUCAGUACCUCCUCAGCAAGGGGGCUGAUGUGAACGUGUGUGACCAGUUCUUCUGGACUCCCCUUCACCAUGCAGCCCACGCCGGGCAGCUGGAACUUAUUGAACUUCUGGUGAGUGCUGGGGCCAACAUUGAUGCCAAGGCCCUGGGUGGAGGCACGCCCCUUAUGAGGGCCAUUGAGAGCUCUCGAGUCUCCUGUGUGGAUUUCCUCAUCAACACAGGUGCCAAUGUGCUUGCAGAGAACAAGAAAGAGCAAAACUGUCUUGAUCUUGCCAAGGAUUUUGCAAACUCUGUAAUAAUUGACUUGGUCAGACAAAAGAUGGAUUCUCUGCCUAAACCAAAGGACAAAGCAAAAAGAAAACGGACCGAAGCUAAAAAGCCUAAAUCAGCAACAGCGAAGGUUGCUGCUGCCCAAGUGGCAUUGCAAGCAGAGACCUCAUCUGCAGCAGCAGCAGCAGCAGCAACAACUCCACCCCAGAAGGAUUCAAACAGUGUGAUCCUGCAGAACUCCAGGAUCACUGCAGGGAAAACCAGAAUUGUGGACAUCACCUUUGUGCCUAAAACGGUUUGGGGAAAGCCGCCCACAACCAGCCAGCUGAUGUCAAAGAUAGAGAGAGGGAAUAAGCACCUGUCCCUCGAGGUGGACUUGGACGAUCUCAUGACGCCUUUCAGCCAUGACAUCCAGGGGAGGAUGCUGGAGCUACCAAACACCACAGAGUAAAGGGCAGGAAGGUUAGGCAGACAGAGACUGACAUCUCGGACCCAAACCAGCCACUUAAAAUAAUUAUGAAUAUGUAAUCUUUUCAGUACAGCUUCUUUGUUGUUGGACAUCAUGCUUUGAUCAUUUUAAGGAGACUAUGCAUACAUGUGUGCUGAUGGUGGGAACAUGCUGCUUUUAUUAUGCCUCUGUGCCAGUGACAGACGUGGCACAGAGGUUUUCAGGUCAAUAACUCAGGAAUACCUGAAGAAUUAGUGAGUUGUUUUUUUGUAAGUAGACAAGCAUCCACUUGGACUCAAGGAUGAACUGAUUUGACAUUGCAGAUUAACCUUUAUUGUCUCCUUUUGGAAAAUUUCGUCUUGGACAUCAGUGAAAAACUCACACAUCCAGCUACACUUAAUGUACAUCAUCACAGCCGAGCCAUUAAACACCACGAACACACACACGCAUCAAGAACACUGCACAAUAACCUGUGACACACAAAAUACUACACAAAAUACUUUUUAACCCAAGGAUCCAUACCCUAACUACAACAAAAAUUGUAUACAAAGGUGUAAUGAGAUACAAUGAUGAAGUAAUAACAUUAAAGCCAGAGGGUCAAAGGUUAUCUUCACUGUCAAAUCAUAAUGUUUUGCAAAUAUGUUCUCUAACACCGUAACUCAGAAGGAGAAACUGUGACCAUAUUUCACAUGUGGUCAGCUGCUGUCACUCAUUUUUGGCUGC